AUGCAGAUGGCUAAACUGCUGUCGAAAUCUGAAGCAUCACGCCGCCUCCUAACCUUGAUGAUAAUUUCGUUCGUUAUAUGCACAACGUAUCUUCUUGCAUCAUUCUUGAUCCUCCCAAGGACGAAGGUAAUACAUUUUUCCGGUUCGUUACAAGGCUGGUCAUCACCAACCACCCUUCAGCACGUCGUCUUUGGCAUAGCCUCGAGCGAGAAGUCCUGGCUGAGCAGGAAGGAGUAUGUUAGAAUCUGGUGGAGGCCCGAGGAGAUGAGGGGUUGUGUUUUCCUGGAACGCAUGCCACCAAACGGAACUCUUGACCAGGCUGAUUCCGGUUCUCUUCCUCCUAUAUGUGUAUCGGAGGACACAUCAAGGUUCCGUUACACAUACAGGAACGGCGGCCUUCCAUCAGCCAUACGCGUGGCACGUGUGGUGUCGGAGACUGUUGCCCUCAACCACACAAAUGUGAGGUGGUUUGUGUUUGGGGACGAUGACACGCUCUUCUUCCCUGAGAAUCUUGUCAAAACCCUUUCCAAGUAUGAUGAUGGCCUGUGGUAUUACAUUGGAACAAACUCGGAGAGUUUUGCUCAGAACAAAUUCUUCUCCUAUGAAAUGGCCUUUGGAGGAGCUGGUUUUGCUAUCAGCUAUCCUCUGGCCAAGGUUUUGGCUUCUGUGCUCGACUCGUGUUUGGCUCGAUACCCUCACCUCUUCGGAAGUGACGGCAGGAUUCAGGCCUGCCUUGCUGAGCUUGGCAUCAGUCUCACUCAUGAGCCAGGAUUCCAUCAGAUGGAUAUUCGUGGGAGUAUGCUCGGAUUCUUGACCUCUCACCCGCUCAGGCCUAUUGUUUCUCUCCAUCACUGGGACGCCAUGGAUUCGAUUUUCCCGAAAAUGGAACGAAAAGAUGCUAUGCAACACUUGUUUCAAGCCGUGAACAUCGAUUCCCAGAGGGUCAUGCAGCAGACAGUGUGCUACGAUCAAUCUAGUGGUUUUGGGAAUUCAAAGUUGACCAAAGUGGCAUGUUGCGAUGUAAUGCAUGCUUGCUCCUAG